CUCAUGCCUCUAUCCGCUUCAACCCUCGCUCUUUUCAAAAAGGUCGCGCUCGAAAUAUCGAUUCCAGGCGAGCCACUCUCUCCCCCUCUAGCAGUCAACGAUGUCUAGUUUUUUCAUCAGUUUCAAGGCGCUGUUAGCUUCCCCGGCGUCGGCGUCGUUAGCUGCAGCAGCCCAGUUUUCUUCUUCAGCUUCGAUUGCCACUUCUGCCAAAUCAGUUACUUCAAAAACGGCUAAGAAAACUCCGAAAAAGUCGACCACUUCAAAACCCAAGGCUGAAAAGCCAGCUACUCCCCGAACCACGACCCGACCAUCCGGGAUUUUUAAAAUUGUCCCCAUUUCCCCUGCUUUGGGUCGAUUCCUUGGAGCCCAACAGGCUUCCCGUACCGACGCUGUUAAGCAGAUCUGGAACUAUAUCAAGUCCCACAACCUCCAGAAUCAUGAUAACAAGAGGGAAAUCUUUUGUGAUGAGAAGCUUAAGACCAUUUUCGAUGGAAAAGAAAAGGUCGGCUUCCUGGAGAUUGGGAAAAUGCUAUCACGCCACUUUGUGAAGUCUAGCUGACCUCUUUUUUCAUAUUUUGCCAUUGGUUGCCAAACUCUUUUAAUGUAUGUUCAUGUUUUGAGAGCUGAGCUGUCUGGGGGUAGCCUUGCAACUAAGAAAAAGGUCCAAGCUGGACCUCUGUAAAAAUUCAGUAGGGACCAGGGAGUGAAAGUGGAGACAUUUUAAUUUGGUUUCCUGAUUUUAACUGUACUGUUUAUGGUAACUGGAUCUUUGAACAAUUACUGGUUUAAUCAUUGUAUCAUGAGGAAGCCAUUGUUGAU